AUGAAUAAUUUAUUGUUGCUUCGUCAUAGAUUGAUUUUAAAAAGGACAAGGAGUGUUCAACAAUGUGGAUUUAGUUCAUGUCAAAUACAUUUUAGAGAUUUUAUUGAAAAAAAGAGUAAAGCAGGACCUUUAGAAGGAAUUCGAGUUUUAGAUUUAACUCGAGUUUUAGCUGGUCCUUAUUGUACAAUGAUGUUGGGUGAUUUGGGGGCAGAUGUUAUUAAGGUCGAGAAUCCAAAGGGAGGAGAUGAUACACGCGCUUGGGGCCCACCUUUUGCAACACAUAAUAACCACAGUGAAUCUGCUUAUUUUUUAUGUGUUAACCGUAAUAAACGUUCAAUGACGGUUAACAUGAAAUCAUCUGGUGGACGCAAGGUGAUUGAAGAUCUUGUAAGACAAUCGGAUGUCUUGGUCGAAAACUAUUUGCCGGGAAAACUGGAAAAAUUGGGACUUGGAUAUCAGCAACUUCAAAAAAUAAAUCCUAAAUUGAUUUAUGCGUCCAUUACUGGAUAUGGUCAGACAGGUCCCUAUGCAAACAGACCUGGCUACGACGUGAUUAUUGAGGCUGAGGCUGGAUUAAUGCAUAUUACAGGUGAACAAGAUGGAAGACCUGUUAAAGUAGGCGUGGCCAUCACAGAUCUUACAACUGGAUUGUAUGCUCAUAGUGCUAUCUUGGCUGCACUUAUUCAACGUGGAGUUACAGGUCGUGGACAACACAUUGAUUGUUCCUUGAUUGAAUCCCAAGUUGCUUCAUUAGCCAAUAUUGCCUCUAACUUUCUUAUCGGACAAAGGGAAGCAACACGUAUGGGUACCUCACAUCCAUCUAUUGUUCCUUAUCAAGUCUUCCCUACUUUAGAUUCCUUUGUCAUGAUUGGAGCAGGUAAUGACGGUCAAUUUGCUAAGCUCUGCGACCGUCUUGAUCUCCAACAUCUUGUGGAUAACCCUAAAUUUAAACGUAAUACAGAUCGUGUCAAACAUCGAACAGAGAUGAUACGUAUUCUAGAAGAACGAUUUCAACAGGCUACAACGGCAGAGUGGUUAAAGAAGUUGGAUGGCUCUGGAUUCCCAUUUGCUCCCAUUCAUACUAUUCAACAAACCUUUGAACAUCCUCAGAUUGUCGCAAGGGGUCUUGUACAUGAAAUCGAACAUGAGACAGUAGGCAAGAUCAAGAUAGUAGGCCCACCUGUCAAGUUUAGUGAAGCCCACACUACAGUGCGUUUACCUCCACCCGUCUUGGGUGCACAUACCAAUGACAUUUUGUCAAAUGUACUUGGUUAUUCCAAAACACAAAUUGAUCAACUUUUAUUAGAUAAAUCGAUAUAA